CCGGAGUCUUCGACCGCCAUUUUUUGCCUUGCAGCGAUCGCAUCGAUCAAACUAAGGCAGCGUAGUUGCCGCGUCGGCGAGAACCAGCAGUGCUGCGUCUAUCCGGACCAAUUCGCCCACGCGUUCAAGCGCUGGGACGGCGUAUAGAUCACCACAAAUAGAUAAGGGAUUAGCAAUGGACCUCACCGACCUCCUCGCAGCCACCAAGGACGUCAACGCAGCGAUCACGCAAAUAGACCAAAAGCUGCGCAAGCCGUCGAGCACGGCAGCACCGCCCGUCGUCGAGCAAGCAACCACAGAUGCGGAACUCGGCGACGUCGCCCACGUGUCGAGUCACGGCUACGUGGCGUCGCACCGCUGCCUGGCCGUCGUGCGGCCGUCGAACAGCGUCGAGCUCGUGGACCUCGACAGCGGGGCGAGCACGGUGCUGAUGGAGGCGCCGGCCGCCGCAGCCGUCGCAGCGUGUGAUCUCCCUGGAAAUGAGGUGCUCGUCGUGGCGGCGUGGGGCGAUUCGUGCGCGCGGUGGCGCCUCGCGCGCGACGGGGCCGGUGGCUGGCGCGUCGUGGCGCCGCGGAAGACCUGCGCGGGCCUGGCCGCAGCGGGGACGGUGCUGGUCGCGGCAGUCGAAAAUGCGGCAGUCGGAAAUUCGUACAUAGCGCGCUGCGCCGGCACGGUAGUCGAUGUCCUCGACGAGGGCUUGGCGCCCAUAGCACACUUCUCGGUCGGCGGUGCGGGUCGCGCCCUGGCCUGGAAACUCGGGGGGGACCUCGCAGUCGCGGGCGCGGGCGGCCUCACCAUCUGGGACAGUGGAUCAGGAUGUACAGAAAUGGUCGUAAAAACGCCGUGCCGGGGCGUCGCCGUGGCGGGCUACGGCUUCGUCUGCGUCGCGGACGCGGGCCUGCUGACGCGCGAGGCGGCCCGGGCGGACGACAUGAAGGUGCGCGCCAGCGACGGGUACGUCGGCCGCGCCGAGACGCGCGACACGGGCUUCGGCGGCGGCCUCAUCCCCGCUGGGCUCCUCGUCGGCGGCGGCGGCGCGGCGGCGGCACCGCCGGAGGCGCCGCGACCCACAAUAUCACGCAUCGAGUACGAAGAUCAAUGGCGCGUGGCCGCGACGGCGAGGAUCGACGCGCUGCCGCGCGGCGUCACCGUCGUCGACGCCGUCGCGGAGGUGGGCGACGCGGUCGCCGUGGCGAGCUCCUUCGACCCGCAGCGCGCCGUGGCCGUGUUCGCGGAGGCGGACCUCGCGCCGCGGCCCGCCGUCCGCCUCGGCGGCGACGGCCGCGUCCGCGCCCUGGCCGCGGACGGCGGCCGCCUCGCCGCCGUGGUCGUCGCGCGCGCCGGGGCGCCGCCGCUCUGCGCAGCCGGCGCCCGCGGGCCGGCGCCCGGCGCCGCGCGCCGCGUCGUCGUCGACCUCGCGCCGCCUCCGGCGCCGGUGCCGCCCGCACCGCCCGCACCGCCCGCACCGCCCGCACCGCCUGCGGCGCCAUCUUCCGUCACGGACCGGCUCGCGACGCUCGCACAUCUCCGCGCGUCCGGCGCGCUCACGGAGGCGGAGUUUGCGCGCGCCAAGGCGCUCGAGCUCGGGCUGCCGGCCCCGUAAUUUUGCUAAACUUACUACCGCAGGGGCAGAGCUCGAGCUCGGGCUACCGCCUCCAUGAAUACUUUGAUAAUCUUACUACCGCAGGGGCAGGUUGUCGAUGAGGCGCACGCCGCCGACGCGCGCCGCGACGGAGAUGA